GUUCAUGUUUCCUGCCGCAGUUGUGCUAGUGUUUCUUUGGAGGUAUUCAUGUCUGUUAUCCCCUCGCGCCAGACACUCAGCCCUCACCACACAGGGCUUCACAGCAUCUUCUCUCAGUUCCACAACAGAGGAGACAAAGAAGGAGACAGACCAAAAGCGGAAAAACGAGGGAAAACUGGUGUUGUGUAAGAGUUAUGUUGUAAGCAGCCUUAUCUUCCGCCAGACCAUGGCCGCUCCCAACACACCCAUCAGUAUUCCUUCGUCUGUGGUUCGUGUGUUUACGCUGAAUAACUAUCCUGUGAUUCAUAUCACCGCAGGAAUACGGAACUAAAUUAAAACAAAAAUAGACGUCUGUAUGUUAUUUCCUUCAAACAAUCCUGAAGUUGGUCAAGUGAUGAAGACACGGUCAGGUGUAAACAAACGCAGCCUCACUUGCAGCAUUCCAUUUCGUCCGCCACCUCUCACUACCGCACUCAGGAAAGUGAGAAGAGGUGCCUCUUCGCCAUAAUUUACCCUCUUAUCUCUGGCCGUGUUCGCUCACUGGAGUUACCUGACGGAGGGACAAAAGACGAACACUUCACGGUAUCUCGGUCGCCCUUCACCCUCACCGCCGCGGGACUCGAGGUGGGCUUGGUUUUCCUCAAUAAAAAUCACAACCACACGAUUCAGACUAUCAGAGGCCACUUGUGAAACCAAGAUGAUCUGCCCUAAGCACCGUGCAGGCGGCGGUGACACAAGUGGGGCUUGCAGUUGUGGUGUUACGAUGUACCUCGCCUCCCUCAUCAUUAUGGUCUCUCACUCUUAUCUGGACUAGACAGCUGCUGCUGAUGCUGCUGCUGCUGCUGCUGCUGCUGCUGCUGCUACUACUACUGCUACUACUACUACUACUACUACUACUACUACUACUACUACUACAACUACGGUUCCUCUUACCAUUCCUGCUACUAUCAUCAGGAUCACCGCCAUCAUUGCUGCUAUCAAUGCUACUACUUCUGGUACCACUACCAACAAUAUUAUCACUACUGCUACUGCUGCCGCUGCUGCUACUGCUAUUCCUAAUGCCGCCACCAUCGCAGCCUCACCUACUCACCACAACGAAAUACGUGGCUGGCCCUCGUCAUACCACCAGGACACCAUGCACAGUGACACCAGGCAAGACAUGCUGGGCUUCGGCACCACCUCCUACCAGUACUACCCUGUCAACCAGUGGACAAGUGUGCAAGUUCAGGAGUGCUGAGAACGAUAUGCUACGAGAACAACAUUGACCUCGGUAACGUGGCCAGUUUCGCGGAAUGCACGGGGCCCCAGUUGUGUGCCAUGAGCCAGAGUCACUUCGUGGAGACUCACCCUGUGUACGGAGACCUCUUCUUUAGAAAAUUUCGCGAGUACCUAGACCAUUGCCAGAGACAAGACCGUCAUUACCGACACCACCUCCACCAUCAACACGACCACCACCACCACCAGCACCAGAACUCCCCACCAACAGCACCAACCUCACCAUACAUCCUACAGAACCCUACCACCCCCACCACGUACCACGAGCUGUUGGCUAGGCCUCAGCCCGCCCUAUACCAAACCUCCCGUGUCCCCUGGCAGGACGCCUCCUACCACCAAAACACCUACCCCGGGGACUCCUCCAGCUCUUACACCACGGAGGGCACGCUUCCCCCAACCUCAGGGGAUUUCCCGGGGGCGGGGCAUAACACCAUGGGGGUCUAUCAGUCCGGGUAUUCCUUGCCCUUCGAAUAUACUGGAAACUCGACGCCAUCUCCCCCGUCCGCUUCCCUCCCCAUGGCGCCCCAGGGAUACCUCCCGGUAGGACAUAUGCCCACUGCACCCUCACCCUCAUCGCCUUCGCCCUCCUCACUCUCACCUCUUCCUGGCCAGCAAGCAGACACACGCAGGGACCGGGGACCUAAGCUUUGGGAGUUCCUUCUUGACCUGCUAGAAGACCCCGCCUGUAACCCCGCUAUCAUCCGCUGGGAAAACCAAGAGGAGAGGACCUUCCGCCUCACCAGUCCCCAUGAGGUGUCCCUACGCUGGGGCCAACGCAGGCCUAACCAGAACAGCCUGCCUUACGACUACUUCGCCCGAGCACUCAGGUACCACUACAAGACGGGCAUGCUCAUCUCAGUACCGGAGAGAAAGCUGGUGUACAAGUUUGGCAGCCUCGUGUUCCAGCAGCGACGCAGGGGAGCCAACAGCCUCAUGUACCCAGAGUCCCCACACCCGGACAACACCUCAGGACACCCCUCCUGAAGGACAUGCUUCCUGCGAGACACACGUGGUUCAUUCUCCAGGACUUCCACCGUUUCUCCCCUGCCUCGGGGACCUGCUGGCGGUGUCGACGAGGAAUAAUCCCGUGCCUCUAAAAGUUUCGUGGUGUGCUAGUGACCAGUGAGUCCUGGGCGACUCACACACGCUGGUCUUUUCCGCGUCUUGCAGCUGGAGGUGCAAACAUCAGCUUCACCAUCAUCUUGAGCUAAACUGGCAUAAGUUACAAAUCCACUGCAGGACACACAAUUCUCUCGAAACUUUCACUUCGUCCUCCAGUCCUUCAUCUUUUGUAUUUGAAAUUUUUAUGUCCCUUCAUUUCCUUUCGCUUAGCCCUGAUUUCUUUUUUCCUUCUCCAGCUUCCUUUCCGUCAGCUUAAUAGUUAGUCACCUUCUUUACCGAGGUCAAAGCUAUAUUAUGCACUCUGACAAACACUCCUCCACUUUUCCUUCUCUCUAUUUACAUCAGCAGAAGUGCUCAGCAGGAAACACUGCUAAGGGGAACUGCAAGUGUCCUUCGUAAAAUUUUGCGCCAAGACACGAAUAAGAUGAUGUCAAGGGGGUACUUUUUGUACUUCCGUUAAAAAGAAAAAACGUAAAAAUUAUUUUAUUAUACUUAGUAUUAUAGCUAUGUGAUAGAAAAUGAGGCUACACCCCAUUUCUCUCUCUCUCUCUCUCUCUCUCUCUCUCUCUCUCUCUCUCUCUCUCUCUCUCUCUCUCUCUCUCUCUCU